GGUGUGUCUGAAGAAUACGAGUCUACAGCUGCAUACUGUAUCCAAGUCGGGGAGUAAUGGCAUGAGUACUGCUUUUUACUGUUUAGACAAGCUUUCCAGUGCGCGCGUUGGAAACUAACAUUCGACACUUUCUGCGUUCACGCCAGUCCCUAAUUAGCCCAUCAGGCACCGCGAGGCGAGGCGGAAGACUGUCGGACAAACUGUAAACUUAGUCAAAGCGACUAAAGUCCCCAAACUCCCAGGCUGAAGAGGCUACAAACGACUCAUCCGUUCUGGCUGUUUCAAGGAAGGAUACGCUGCUGGACAUGUGAAUUUAAAGGAGAUACUUGCCCAGCAGAACCAUGAAACCAACAACUGCCCUGUGUUGCUUCGGCUUUCUCCUCACUUGCCUCUUGUUCGGGUCGAGCUCUUCACAAUCAGUAUGUGCUGGUACAGAGAACAAGCUGAGCACCCUGUCGGACCUGGAGCAGCAGUACCGCACCCUGAGGAAAUACUACGAGAACUGUGAAGUCGUAAUGGGCAACCUUGAGAUCACAAGCAUCGACCGCAGCCGGGAUCUCACCUUCCUCAGAUCUAUCCGAGAAGUGACAGGCUAUGUGUUAGUGGCCCUGAACCAGUUUGACUACCUGCCGUUGGAGAACUUGAGGAUCAUCCGAGGGAACAAGCUGUAUGAGGACCGCUACUCCCUCGCAAUCUUCCUCAACUACAGACGUGAUGGAAACUUCGGAUUACGCCAGUUGGGUCUGAAGAACCUCACAGAGAUCCUGAGUGGAGGCGUGUAUGUUGACAAGAACAAGUUCCUGUGUCAUGCGGACACAAUCCAUUGGCAGGACAUUGUAAAAAACCCUCGGAUGCAUGCUGUGGUGGUGCCCACCAACAGUAGUGUCUCAUGUCAAAAGUGCAAUCGUUCCUGUAAUGGUCGUUGCUGGGGACCCAAGGAGGAUCAGUGUCAGAGCUUAACUAAGACAGUGUGUGCUGAGCAGUGUGAUGGCCGUUGCUUCGGUCCCUAUGUUAGUGACUGCUGCCAUCGUGAGUGUGCGGGUGGCUGCUAUGGACCAAAAGACACCGACUGCUUUGCCUGCACCAACUUCAAUGACAGUGGGGCGUGUGUGACCCAGUGCCCCCAGCCCUUUGUCUACAACCCCACCACCUUCCAGCUGGAAUACAACCCCAGAGCAAAGUACACCUAUGGAGCCUUCUGUGUCAAGAAGUGUCCUCAUAACUUUGUGGUGGACCAUAGCUCCUGUGUGAGAGCGUGCCCCAGUAACAAGAUGGAGGUGGAGGAGAACCGCAUUAAGAUGUGCAUUGCUUGUACCGACAUCUGCCCGAAAGCAUGUGAUGGCAUUGGUACAGCCAGUCUACAGACGGCUCAAACAGUCGACUCCAGCAACAUCGACCAGUUUGUGAACUGCACCAAAAUCAACGGCAACCUGGUGUUCCUCAUCACUGGGAUCAAAGGGGAUGUGUAUCACAACAUUGAAGCUUUGGACCCAGAAAAACUAAAUGUAUUCCGCACCGUACGGGAGAUCACCGGCUAUCUCAACAUCCAGUCUUGGCCUGACAACAUGACAGACCUGAGUGUCUUCUCCAACCUGGCAACUAUUGGGGGAAGAGCGCUAUACAGUGGGAUCUCCCUGCUGGUGUUGAAGCAGCAGGGCAUCACGUCUCUGCAGCUGCAGUCCCUGAGAGAGAUCAGCGCUGGGAAUGUCCACAUCGCAGAGAACAGCCAGCUUUGCUACUACAGCACCGUGAACUGGACCAGACUGUUCCGUGCUGAAAACCAGAAGGUUCUGAUCCGCAACAACCAAAGCCCACAGAAGUGCUCUAAGGAGCGCAUGGUGUGUAACCCGCUGUGUUCUGACGCCGGCUGUUGGGGUCCUGGCCCAGAUCAGUGCCUCGCCUGCAGAUUCUUCAGCCGUGGACGAACCUGUGUGAAAAACUGCAACCUUUAUGAAGGGGAUAUCCGAGAGUAUGCCAAUGGGUCAGUGUGUGUGGAGUGUGACGCCCAGUGUGAGCAAGCUGACGAUGAUUCUUUGACCUGCAACGGUCCGGGCCCAGAGCAUUGUGUGAAAUGCAUCCAUUUCAAAGAUGGUCCUAAUUGUGUUGAAAAGUGUCCUGAUGGCCUGCAAGGUGCCAACAGCUUCAUCUUCAAGUACGCAGAAGACAACAAUGAAUGCCAUCCCUGCCAUUCCAACUGCACCCAAGGGUGCAUUGGACCACGACUGCAAGACUGCAUUGGCUGGAUGGACAGAACCCCUCUGAUCGCAGCAGGGGUGAUUGGUGGCCUCUUCUUGGUGGUGAUCAUGGGGCUGAGCGUAGCCGUGUCUGUUCGACGGAAGAACAUUAAGAAGAAGAGAGCGCUUCGUCGCUUCCUGGAGACAGAGCUGGUGGAGCCUCUAACACCCAGUGGAACAGCGCCAAACCAAGCUCAGCUUCGCAUCCUGAAAGAGACCGAACUCAAAAGGGUCAAGAUCCUCGGCUCUGGGGCCUUUGGGACUGUUUACAAGGGUAUUUGGGUCCCAGAGGGUGAAACGGUGAAGAUUCCUGUAGCCAUUAAAAUCUUAAGUGAGGCCACAGGACCCAAGGCUAACGUGGAGUUCAUGGACGAGGCCCUCAUCAUGGCGAGCAUGGAGCACCCCCACCUGGUCCGCCUGCUGGGCGUCUGCCUGAGUCCCACCAUCCAGCUGGUCACACAACUGAUGCCUCAUGGGUGCCUGCUCGACUACGUCCAUGAGCACAAGGACAACAUCGGAUCACAGCUGCUGCUCAAUUGGUGUGUCCAGAUUGCCAAGGGGAUGAUGUACCUGGAGGAGCGUAGGUUGGUCCACAGGGAUCUGGCAGCCCGAAACGUCUUGGUCAAAUCUCCCAACCACAUCAAAAUCACCGACUUUGGCCUGGCUCGCCUCCUGGAUGUUAAUGAGAAGGAAUAUAAUGCCGAUGGAGGAAAGAUGCCCAUCAAAUGGAUGGCCCUGGAGUGUAUCCAUUACAGGAAGUUUACUCAUCAGAGUGACGUUUGGAGUUACGGGGUGACCAUCUGGGAGGUGAUGACCUUUGGAGGGAAGCCAUACGAUGGGAUUUCCAUCAGAGAAAUCCCAGACCUACUCGAGAAAGGAGAGCGUCUUCCUCAGCCACCUAUCUCCACCAUCGACGUCUACAUGGUCAUGGUCAAAUGUUGGAUGAUUGAUGCAGACAGUCGGCCCAAGUUCAAGGAGCUGGCUGCAGAGUUCACUCGGAUGGCUCGUGAUCCCCAAAGAUACCUGGUCAUUCAGGGUGACGACCGAAUGAAGCUGCCCAGCCCAAACGACAGCAAGUUCUUCCAGAGCCUCCUGGACGAGGAGGAGCUGGAGGACCUGAUGGACGCUGAGGAGUACCUGGUGCCGCACUCCUACAACAUUCCACCUCUGGCAUACACUCCCCGAGCACACAUGGACUCUAACAAGAACCAGUAUGGCUACCACGACCCCAGCUACAGCAUGGAGGACAUUAUGGCCACCCUCCCCAGAGUGGUCUCUGUUCCUCCUGUCUCUGGGGUCUGCCUCCUACCACAGGACCAGUCGUUAGGGGGGCAGAUUGGUGUUGGAUUUGGCCGCGGUAACCUGGACGACCCUCGCUGCAAUGGAACCCUGAGGAAGCAGGCCUCCCCGAGGUCAGGCAACCUCGUGCCGGGCUCAGCGCUCACUGCUGGACAAGGUGGAGGGGAGGACAGUAGUGGACAGCGUUACAGUGCCGAUCCCACCGGUCUUUUAGCAGAGCGAGGAGUAAAAGGAGACAAGGACCAGGAAGGCUACAUGACUGCCAUGAGAGACAAGAACAACUCAGACUAUCUCAACCCAGUAGAGGAAAACCCCUUCGUCACCCGCCGUAGGAAUGGUGACGCCCACGCAGUGAUUGAUGGAGCCGGCUGCCACACCCUGCACAUGGCUGGAGCUGCUGCUGCCACCAAGAGCCAGUCCACUCACGGGGACGAUGAGUAUAUCAACGAGCCACUGUACCUGAAUACCUUCCUCAACCCUGGGGACAAGAACGGAUUGGCUGGCGCAGUGUCCAUUUCUGGCCCAGGGUCCUCUGCUGCUCAAUCAAUAUCGCAGACGGUCAACCCAUCAACGUCAAGCCACGUGGUCUCCACCUCUGGAUAUGUGAUUCCCCCUGGCCACCUCCCCCACCAAUCGUAUCCAUCACACACCCUGCACCCGGGCCAUUCAGGACACGCUCUGCACUCAGGCAUCGCCAGCGGCACCAUAAUGUUUGAUAAGAAAGGCAAGAAGGCCACUUUUGACAAUCCUGAAUACUGGCAGCACAGUCUACCCCCGAAGUCCUCACUGCACAACCCUGAGUACCUGCAGGACUGCAGCACGCGCUUCUUCUACCGGCAGAAUGGACGCAUUCGCCCCGCUGUGGCCGAAAACCAGGAAUACUUGUCCGAGGCUGCUAUGAAAGCCGGCAAUGUGUUGCCACCCCCUCCAUACAGGCAGAGGAACACUGUAGUGUAGUGACCCACCUGUAGCACAAUGACGAAUGAAUAGAGGGAAGGGAGGGGGAUAAAUAAACAGGCCUCUUGUUUCCAUGCAGUACUUUUCAGCCUGGGUUCUCCUUGCACCCUUCCUGGACACGUCUCUCUGUUAUGUUGAACUGCAAGUCUUUUAGUUUCACUCUCAAGUUCUGCCUUGUCUUGACAGGACUACAAUAACAGUCACUGACAGCCUCACUUGACUUUUUCAGCUCUAUCCAUGAAAGCAAGUAGACACGUUUUCAAUGUUGGUUCCAUUGUGGAGCACACUGUCCUGCCAUCCCAAGUAUCAGAGAGGCACAACAACAACACAAUGAAAUAAUUGAAAUGUUUAAUCAGAAAAAAAGGAGACAUGAACUGAGGUUAGCCCAAAGAGAGAAUUAUUGCCAUGACCUUUCAUGCUUUUCUUUGUACACCCAUUAAUUACAGUUCACCAUGUGUUUCUUUAGCACAUAUUUCACCUAUAAUGAUGCGCACAUUGCUAUUGUGUGCAAUCUAUACAAUGACACACGCAUAUGGCGUUGUGUCGUGACUCACCAGCAAACCCUCAGUCAAGCAGAAGAGCCCAGAUGUGGCUUGCAUGCAUGUCCACACGCUUCUCUGAGUUUUACAUGUUGCUGCACCAGUAAUGGCAUUCAAACAUUUAUCACACACAGCUCAUAUCAUACCUAAAACAUGUUAACAUGCCUGGAGCCUUGACACACCAAUAAUAUCCAUACAUUAAUUCAUAAGUGUAUACAUGCAUACUGACGGAUAAGCUCGCUGGCACUGGAAAUAUAUUCUGGAGGAGAAGCUCACUUGACCUUGUGCUGGAACACAGAGUGUGCCAAUAAUGGCAGUCAGUGUUGCAGUGCAGGGAAAAGGGUGAACAGGAAAGUAAAUGUCACCACAGUUUUAUGAAAAACUGAUAUCAACCAAGUACCUGGUGGAAAGCAUUCUGCAGAUUAUUGGCAUAGCUAGGUUGGGAUUUAUAAGGUUGUUCGCUCCGAAGACGACCCUGAACUUCCCACGUCACUCUUGUCCCCCUUUCAUCCACAACCAGCAUGCCAUCCACUUCAAUAUUACCUGCAUCAGAUCAUUGUAAGCACCACUGUGACUGAUGAUACCAAUGGUGUAUGCAGUGGCAUGGUAUGGACAUAUAUUUCAACAGGGAAAGGAGUGUGACGAUGGUGAAUAUAAACGAAAAAUAAUACGCUUUUAGAAUCGAGAUCAGAAAUUAUUUUCAUUUUUUUUUUUUUUGCAUCAGGGAUCUGUUUACUUUGUCACUUUUUCUUACACUAACGCAAUGAGCACAGACACCAAGCCACAAAUGAGCAAUGUAGUUCUGGCAAUGAGGCUCACCCUGCAGGGCUGUAAAUAAGCCAAUUACAUGUCAUUACAAGACAAAUCAAAUCCUGGAAAAAAGCUCUGUGGACCGAGCUGAGACAUAAAAUUAUGAGGAUAAACUUGUUGGGGG